AUGUUUCUCAUAUCAGCACUUUGCACACUGCUUGCCUGCGCGAGUUUGCCAGCUGCUGCAGCGACCGUGCUCCCGCGGCGAAAGCAGUAUGCAGCGCCGUCGUGCUCUGGCCGAGUCACUGGUCACAGCUUCACCUCCAACUUUGAAUGUGUACCUCCAAACAAUUUCAUGGGCACUCACUGGGUGAAGGCCUUUUGCAACGAGGUUGGCGGCAAUGUCACGUUUGAGCAGUACGAGGGAGCGCACUGCACUGGUGAAGUGCUGGCCAAUGAGACGUUUCCCUCGGCUUGCGCUUCAUGCGAUGAUCCAGGUUACCAGUGCUACGGUGGCGGUCUGAGAACUGUCUCCAUCUCCUGCAUAAGUUCUGGCCUUUCCAGUAGAGGCUCUGCCGGUGUGUCGAUGUCAAUGAUUCUGCUUUCCCUCGUAGAGGCUUUCAGACUCGUCUGUGAUCAUGUAUAG